AUGCGCUGGUGGACUACCUGCGUCGCUCUCACUUCGUUAAUACCUUACGCCCUCCUGCCCAGUUAUGGGUUCAGUCUGCCCCAGCAGCUCGAGGCGAGGCAGAACGACUAUCCGAGUGGAUCACUCUUACACGAUUAUCCUGGGCAGCAUACAUUGCCAACGCUUGAGUUGAUCCAGAAAUUGAAUGCCACUAAUGGCACAUUCCUUCCGCUGGAGGAGAUUCAAGGAGACAUCAUGAUUGGGAUGAGGAAGCCGAAGGAAAUAUUCUUUUUCUACUCGAUUCAGAACCCAAGAAAGUUCAAGAGUGUCCUCGCGAAACUGAUCUACCCUCAUAUUACAACGACUGCUCAAAUGGUCUGCACUACCUGCACGCAACCAUCAGCUAUGCUCAACGUUGCUUGGACCUCACAAGGACUUCGUAAACUUGGUGUAUUGGACGACCUCGGGGAUCCCUACUUCGCCAUGGGGCAAUUAAACGACGCUGCAGCCCUUGGCGAUACCGAUCCAAGCACAACGUGGGCUCCAGGUCUUUAUGCGAACAAGACGGACGGUGCUUUCCUGAUUGCGGCUAGAGAUUGGGAGCCUAUCGACACCUUACUGAAUCAAAUGAAGAGUUGGUUGGGCGAUGCGAUCGUAGAAACGCACAGCAACAGGGGCGCGGUACGACCCGGCGAUGCGGCUGGUAAAGAACACUUUGGUUGGCUUGAUGGCUUCAUUCAACCCGCAGUCGCUGGUUUUGCUACGAGCACCUACCCCGGACAACAGCUUCUUCUACCUGGCACGCUUCUGACGAAAGAAAUUGGCGACCCCCGCAGAGCUGCCCGACCAGCAUGGACGAAAUGGGGCUCCUUCAUGGCAUACCGACAACUCCAAGAGCUCGUUCCUGAGUUCGAUAACUAUCUCAUGCAAGAAGCUGCCCUAAUCCAAGACUCGUCGAGGAGCGUUCGCGAGCGUGCUGAUCUUCUUGGCGCUCGUAUGUUCGGUCGCUGGAAGAGUGGCACUCCUCUUGACCUUGCCCCAGAGAGGGAUGAUCCCUCCAUUGGCCCAAAUCUUAUGCUCAACAACAACUUCGACUUCAAUCACCCUGCCCCCUUCGAUAUCAACAGUAACCAGUCCUACUGUCCCUUCUCCGCACACAUCCGCAAGAUUCGUCCCCGCGCUGACCAGGGAAACACAAACCUCAAGAACCAAAUGAUUAGGGCAAGUAUACCCUAUGGCGAAGAGCUCAGCGACGAUGAGAUCAACAACAAGAAAACAGCGACUGAACGUGGUGUGGCGUUCGUGACAUAUCAGAGUGAUCUCGGCUCCGGGUUCCACUUCCAGCAAGCCGAGUGGGCUAACAACGUCAACAUUCCCACCGGUAAAAGCGACCCAACGCCUGGAUUUGACCCAAUUGUCGGCCAGAACAACGGCAAACCGCUUGUUGUGUCUGGAAUCGACUACACAGACCUCAAUCACGACUUGACUUUCAUGAGCUUUGUUGUGUCUAAGGGAGGUGACUACUUCUUCAGCCCCUCCAUGUCCGCCAUCUUGCACAAAAUCGCUGCUUAA